CGGGCCAUCAGCAGCGCGAGUGGAAGGUAUACACACAACACAAAGCACGGUCGAACCUUCACGCACUCGCUCCUUACACGUAGCCGACGUGCACGGACAAGCAUCGUCAGUAACUGAGGCCACCAUGAAGGCCAGCUUCCUGCUCCUGCUCGUGCUGGGGGCCUCGGAGGCGGCCAGGAUCCUGUCCAUCGUGCCGUUCCCUGCCGUCAGCCACCAGGGACCCCUCAGGACGAUGAGUCUCGAACUGGCGAGGAGGGGCCACCAGGUCACCUUCAUCACCACCAACCCCUCCAAGAAAAACAUUGCCAAUUUCACAGAAAUUGACAUAUCUGCCUCAUACAAAUACCUGAGAACAACCUCUGACUGGAUGGGGAUGGCCCAUUGGACAGCAACUGACAUGAUAUUUUCAUGGAAGCGCCUAGGGGCUGCUCUGUGUGAGGGCGAACUUAGUUCUCCGGAGAUGCAGGAAUUCAUAAAGUCAGCUCCGAAGUUCGACCUGGUUAUUUUGGAACGAUUGCUGACGCCGUGCUUCUACGGUUUAAUUCACAAAGUGGGCUCCCCGCCUCUCAUCGGAUACAUUACCGUAGGCGCAAUUAUACCCAGCCUCUGGACUGAUGGAAACCCAAGUAAUCCAGCUUACCUUCCAGACAGCGUCGUCACCUCUUCACACCGUAUGUCAUUCUGGGAGAGACUUUACAUGACAUAUAUAUGGCUAUACACAAAUUAUUACUACUUCUGUGUAAUGAUGCCGGAUCAAGACAAAAUCCAGAGAAAAUAUUUCGGACCAGACGUUCCAUCAGUUUAUGAAACUGAAAAAAAUUUCAGUUUAAUGCUCAUAAACAAUCACUUCAGUAUAAACUACCCCCGACCGCAUCUGCCAAACAUGAUAGAGCUGACUGGACUGCAUGUGGAAGCCGAUUCGCCGGCUCUUCCUAAGGCCAUACGAGAUUGGCUGGACGGUGCCGAAUAUGGCGCCGUGUACUUCAGUCUGGGAUCCACUCUGCAGGCGAGUACGAUGCCAGAAAAUAAAAGGCUGGCGUUCCUCGACGCUUUCAAGAAAAUCCCACAGAGGGUGCUGUGGAAGUGGGAGGAAGACAUGGACGACCUGCCGCCCAACGUCAAAGUCUCAAAGUGGCUGCCGCAGCAGUCUGUACUAGUUUAUUACUAUUGCCUAGAUGUGUAG